GGGGUAGUGGACGUGGGAGUGUCUGGUAGGGGUGAGGAUCUAACAAUGCUCCAGAGACACUGUGAGACUGUUGGAUAACUGUCAGUUUUGACAGCGCGUUGGCACGGUGAUACAUGGAGAUGAAACACAGGAGAACUAUGAGGCAGCGCUAUUCUCUGAAACAUGGGAUACUGAAGGAGUUCCUGGCUGAGUUCCUGGGGACUUUUAUCUUGGUUUUGUUUGGCGUUGGGUCUGUUGCUCAGACGGUCCUGAGUCGUAAUGCCAUGGGGGAGACUCUCACCAUCCAUAUAGGCUUCUCUGUAGGACUGAUGAUGGCAGUGUACGUGGCCGGAGGAGUGUCAGGAGCCCAUGUGAACCCUGCUGUCUCCUUGGCCAUGGUGAUCCUGGGAAAACUCAAGUUCUAUAAAUUCCCUGUCUAUGUCAUCGCUCAGUUCCUUGGUGCUUUCUCUGGAGCUGCUGCAGUGUUUGGGCUGUAUUAUGAUGCGUUCAUGGACUUCACCAAUGGGAUUUUAUCAGUGACUGGUAUUAACGCCACCGGUCACAUCUUUGCCUCUUACCCUGCCAGGUCCCUAACCAUCCUCGGAGGCAUCAUAGACCAGGCAGCAGGAACAGGGAUGCUGGUGUUGUGUAUCCUGGCCAUCAGCGAUGGGAAGAACAUCGGCGCCCCUAGAGGCAUGGAGCCACUGUGCAUCGGCCUGAUCAUCAUGGCUAUCGGGGUGUCCAUGGGGCUGAACUGUGGGUACCCCCUCAACCCUGCCAGGGACCUGGGGCCACGACUCUUUACUGCUGUAGCAGGCUGGGGUUGGGAGGUGUUCAGCACUUCAGACUACUGGUGGUGGGUCCCGGUGGCGGGGCCGAUGAUAGGGGGCGUGGUCGGGGCUCUGGUCUACUUCCUGUUCAUCGAGAUGCAUCACAAACAGCCUGAGAAACCCCACGAGCAGGAAGAGGAGGAGGAGGACGAAGAGGAGGAAGAAGAUCUGGAGGAGGACAGCAGUCUUAAGGACAAAUAUGAGAUGAUUACCAUGAGUUAAAGAGUCAGAGAGAUUCAUUCACUUGUCAAGGACUUUAAAAGAAAAUGUCUGUCUGUCUGGUUCAGAUCAAUGUUACUGUAAAGUCAAUCAGGAGAGGAAUGUCAUGUUGGGAGCCAAAUAUACACACACACACACACACACACACACACACACACACACACACACACACACACACACACACACACACACACACACACACACACACACA